UCGUCAUUUUUUAUGCAAACCCAAAGUUUUUGUCAAUUUUCAUUCACCUUCUCGCGCUCUGUCUAGCUUACCCAUUUUCUUCUUUUUAAAAUUUUUAAUCAUUUUUGUCUUUUUCUAACGUAAUCUCCGCCAUUUUCAGCGGGAUCUCUAUUCAACCCCAUUUGAAUAGCGGUUGUCGUGAAUAAACAUGGAUUUUUUGGCCAUUUAAGUAAUCAGGGUUUUGCUGAAGUAAACUUGAUCUUGGAUAUCUAUUUGGUUGUGGGGAUUAAUUAGGUUGUGUUUCAAGUGAGGAGAGUGAAGCUCAAUUCUUUUGGGAGAAUAGAAUAAAAGGGGGGAAUUGGCGAAGAUUCUGGGUGGUAUCUUGUUGAUUUUGAUGGCUCAGACCAAUCUGAAGCAAUCUCCAAAUCAAAUAUUUGGGACUUCUUCUCACUCGAGGUCUCUAUCUCAGCCGUCAUUCAUGGCGAAUAAUUGCCUACCCCCUUUAAGCCCUUUUCCUCCUAGUGAGCCUUCAUUGGCUUCUCCGAACUCGAGUUUCAAGAACAUGUCGAUGGAGGAAAUGGAUGUCGCCUCGCGAGGGCCUGUAAUGGGUCUCACUUCUCCGAGGGAGAAUCCGUUUCGUGGGAGUGGUCUUCCUCCCCGUAGAGGCCAUCGCCGUUCUAACAGUGAUGUUCCGUUGGGGUUCUCGGAUAUGAUUCAGUCUUCACCUCAGUUGGUCCCCAUAAGCAGCCAGGGAGGUUUAGGCCAAAUGGCGAAUACAAGGGAGAAGUUGGGAAAUGGUAUGCUGGUUGGGGUAAACAAAGUCGAGAUGGAAGAAGUUAAUUAUGCAAAAAGUGAGGACAUGGGUGAAAGAAAGCCUGAGGGAGAGGUUGUGGAUAACUUCUUUCAGUCGCUGAUGGAGAUAGAUCACUCGGAUACUUUGAACUCUUCUGGCGCCCACGGCAGAGAUAGGAACACCCUUGCCAGGGGCACAAAGGUUGCUGGUGGCGAUAGCAACAUUUAUGAAUCUGAAAACUUACAAAAGAAUGCUGCUUCUGCAUCCCAAAUUCGGCAUUUUAGGAGCCUUUCAAUGGAUAGUGGCAUUGGAAGCUUUCAGUUUGGUGACUCGCCACUAAAUUUACAGAACUCUAUAUGUAAUCGGGCAGAUCAGCUCUCGCCUAGCAAUUCACUGAGUGACAACUCAACUGAUAUUAAUUUGGACUUUGGACGUGGUGAAUUUAAUGAAGUUGAGCUGAAAAAGAUAAGGGCGGAUGACAGGCUCUCAGAAAUUGCAGUAUCGGAUCCAAAGCGAGUAAAGAGGAUAUUGGCAAACCGGCAAUCAGCUGCUCGUUCGAAGGAGAGGAAGCUCCGGUACAUGUCUGAAUUGGAACAUAAGGUGCAGACACUGCAAACAGAGGCCACCACGCUUUCAGCUAAAAUUACUAUUGUCCAGAAAGACCAUGCUGAGUUGACUAAUCAGAACAAUGAGUUGAAAUUCCGCAUUCAUGCUAUGGAGCAACAAGCACAUUUGAGAGACGCUCUGCACGAGACGUUGACUGCAGAAGUUCAGCGCUUGAAGUUUGGAAAUAUGGGGCUUAGAGACGAGGGUAGAACUUCUAAUGGCAUGGCACAGCAGGUAGCUAGUACGAAGCAUAACAUGUUCUCUCUGCAGCAUCAGCAGCCCAAUCAAGGACAACGGCUAUCUGCUACAACUUCAGCUGCAACUACAACUUCAUCUGCUCCUACUUCUGAUUAGCCAAGAUCACAUUAUUUGAGUCCCUAAUUCAAUUGGUUAGUUAAAUUACAGUGUCUGGUACUGGAGAUGUUUUCGUAGCGUGGUUUGGUUUAGACCAGUAUAUCAUAUAUAGUCUUUAAUGUUUAUUUAUUAUUUUUAUAUGAGCUUCUUAGAGAAUAAUUAUGUUGGAUUUGUUUUAUUGGUAUAUAUAAAGGUGAAAACUACAGUUUGACUUGA